GGAUGCGGAUCAGACAGUUAUGGGGUGUUUCUGGCAGUUUGAUUUGAUAUGAACUUCUCGGAGAGCUAGGGUGGACAAGAACCACAAGUCAUGGAAUCAUCUCCCCUAACUUUGGCGCACACCCAUGCGCGCAACGCCCUUCUUGAAACACGCAAAGCAAACCCUGUAGCAGCGAGCGAGGAACAUGAUCUCGCAGCGGGGGAGUUUGCCAUAGCUGCGCAAAACACAGCUGACAAAGAUGCGUUACGAACCCUUCUCCUACUGGAACAACAUCAUAAACGGCUCGCGAAAAUUAUCAGAUUUCAACAUGAGAAUCCACCCAAUGUCUCGUCACCAGAACCCGAAUCUGGCCUUUCCCCCUCGACCGUAGCCCCGACGGCCACUCCAAACAGCCCCUCCAAGCCUGCGCCCUUUACAACGCACCCGUCAUCCCAGCCCUUGCAGCAGCCACCGCGUCUGCAAGCGACAAAUCGGCCCGGUCAUCGCGAAACGACUUCCCUUGCAAGCAAUCUAGCUUCAGCACGUGGUAUACCUGCCUAUCCCCGUCGCGGAAGCCCUGUUCCUCCCACCUUGUCCACCCAAAAUGGAGGCGCGAAAAUGGCAGAGUUCCCCCAUAAGAUAAGGAGCACUGCUAGCAAUCAUACCGACACUCACUCAACUAGGGCAUCAGGUUGGAAACCGUCUUGGUCUCCGGCUAUCAGCCCGACAGAAAUCACACAGCAGCAGGUCGUACUGCCGGAUAGUGGAGACGAGAUUUCCGCGCCAUUUAGGUCUCUUGCUGGUGAUGAACCAUUUCGACGAUUCUACUCCACAUUCGGUGGCCUUAUUUCGAAACUCUCAGCGCCUCUCGCUUUUGCUAGUCUUCCUCUAGGACCCGAUGCAGCUGGUCAACGAUCCCCUACUGCUACAAAAUCCCCGGCGGACACAAAAGUGGACAAGUUCUCUGCAGCAGCAGAUCUUACACAGUAUUCCCACAGGGAACCCGAUGUCAAGAACCUUGUGUCCAGCGCAGCUCUCCGAGCCAUUAAAGACAAAGAUGGUUACUUCGGUAGUAAUACCUCAGAAUCAUUUUACGUUGUUCCUACUUCUGGUGGGAUGAUAUCAUACGCAGGUAUCCUUUCCCGUGCAGAGAAAGAAGCGCGGAGAAAUAGCGUUGAAGAGGACGAAGACACCUUUGUUGACGCCCGCGAGAAUCCCCCGUCCCCAGAAGCACGAGGGAGCAUGAACCGAGACAAGACUAAGGGAACCAGGCGAAACGGUCGUUCCACUCCAAAGGCAUCAUCGUCUGGAACCACAGCUACCAGAGACACCAAGACUCUAGAAGAGCUUCAAAUGGAGAACCAGGCUUUGAGACAUCUGUCGGAUACUCUAGCUAAACGCCUGCAUAUGUGGGAGGUGAACGCGCAGUCUUCCUCAUUCGCUUUGCAGCAAUCACUAAAAGCUAUCCAAAAUCAAGCUGUGGCGUCAAGGCAGGCUUCCCCGUCUGCCUCUGCAUCAAGACCUCCGCCAGCAAGGCAGGAGGCGGUGGACAUCGAUAAAAUCAAGGAUCUGGAGAACUUGGUGAAGAAUCAUGAGAAGGAGCUCGAGAGGGUUGGGAAAGAAAAUGAGAAACUGAAAACUGUGUUGGGUCGAUAUAGAGAUCGGUGGGAGAAGUUGAAAGAAGGAGCGAGAAACCGACGAGAGGGCAAUGGAAGUAGUCCUGCUGCUGCUUCCGGUGCGAAUACAACGGGUGCUGGAAGUAGACCCACUGGUGGAGCCGACCCUGAGGCAGUGCGUUCUCCAGUGAUUCCUUCAGCGGACACGGAUGUCAACUCUGGAAAAGGCGAGGAUAUUCAACUGUUAGAGGAAUAG